AGUCAGAGUCAGUUGUAAAGCGACAUUUAAGUUCAACAAACGCUUUAUAGCAAUAUUAUAACAUAACUCAACUAAUUCUUUAUGGUAUUAAAGUGAAAAACUAAAAUAAAUUCACAGAUAGUGUCGGUAUAUAAAAUGACAGGUUAUUUUUUUUUAAUUUUGUCACAGAGUUAGAGGCCACGGUUUAGAAUAUUGUGUUGGGAGUUAAGUGCGAGUGUUAUAUAAAAGUUUUGUGAUGUGAUAUAUCUUAUGGAAAUACACUGUGAAUGAAAAUGUGGAAAGAUAUCUUCUACGUGAAAUCAGUAAGAAAAAAGGAAAGCGGGGAAUAGUUGAGUAAUCCUGCAAUAUGUCAAGCGGGAGUUGCUCGGGGCCGGGUGUGUGUGGUGGGGCGAGACGUAGGCCUCCCCCUCCUCCCGAGCCUGCACUGUCCUUGGCUGCGGACCUGAGUGAGCUGAGCCUCGACCAGGGCUACCACACCCUGGCUGACUGCGGCCCCCCUAGGAGGAGGAGGGAUAACACGCUCACUGACGCUCUGUGGCUGAAGAUACUGUCCUACCUUGAGGUGUCAGAUUUAUGCCGAAUGUCCCGGGUGUCCAGACGAUGGUCUCGUUUCGUGGCCAGGCUGACUGCCAGACCUGAACCCUGGAGGCGGGUACGGGCUUCUGGUCCCCUGGAGGUGGCUGCAAGGUGCGCGGGUGCAAGAGCUGGACCCUGUGUUGGUGCUGUUAGGGAAUGGAGGUCCAAGACCUGUUCUGUGACGGUAGCCGGAGCACAGUUAUUAGCGGCGACCUUCAGGAACUUAACUCAUUUAGCUUUAACGAACUCAAAUACAGUGGACGCAAGAGCUUUGGCCCCAAUUAUCACAGAUUUGGUUGACCUGCGCCAUGUUGAUUUAACAGGCUGUCCAAACAUGGACUGGCCAGAGUGGAAUUGGCUGGAAAGUCGUCUUACAAACAGACGGCCCCCCAUAGAGUAUAUAGACCUCACUGACUGCACCGCUGUCACCGACGCCGGCCUCUGCGCUCUGCUCCACACCUGCCCUUCAUUACAGUACCUUUAUCUAAGGAGAUGUACUCUAGUCACUGAUGCAGGAGUCCGAUGGAUACCUUCAUAUUGCGCUCUCAAAGAACUGAGUGUGUCUGAUUGUACAGGGGUCACGGACUUCGGUUUAUACGAACUGGCGAAAUUGGGGCCAGCGUUACGAUACCUAUCCGUUGCUAAAUGUUCUCAGGUAUCAGAUUCAGGGGUCCGAACUCUCGCACGUCGCUGUUAUAAGCUGCGUUAUUUGAACGCCCGUGGCUGUGGGGCGCUGGGGGAUGAUGGGGCCGAGGCCAUCGCCAGGGGCUGCUCCAGAUUAAGAGCUCUGGACCUUGGUGCCACUGAUGUAUCGGAGGCCGGGCUGCAGAUUCUUGCCAGAUGCUGUCCGAAUCUUAAGAAGCUGGCGUUGAGAGGCUGUGAACUCAUCGGCGACGAUGGUUUGGAAGCUGUUGCGUAUUAUUGUAGAGGUUUGACACAGUUAAACAUUCAGGACACGCCCGUUACAUUAAGAGGAUACAGAGCUGUUAAGAAGUACUGCAAGAGAUGUGUCAUAGAACAUACAAAUCCAGGAUUCUGUUGAACUUUGAAUAAAGAAGUGUAAAGUAAAGAAUAAUUCGACUAAUAGUAAGCGUACUAGAAUGUACGUACGUACGUAAGCGUGGUAGAUAGAUAAAGUGCAAACUAAUCUUUGGUUUAAUGAUUAUUCUUUACGGUUAAUUGUUAUAACUUGACUGAACCUACGAUUUAUUAUGUAUAUAAUGUUAAUUUACCUACUAUUUAAUUGUAGUCAUAUAUGUAUAAAUAUAAACAGCUUUAUCUAUAUUAGCAAGAAAUGGAUUGUUACACUUAUAUCAUGUAUAUUUUUUUUUGAGGCAUUUAAAAGUUAUUAGCGGAGAAAAGUCAUUGGAAUAGACAGGUUGUGUGAUAUUCCACAUUUAUUGAAAUUUCUUGCCAUUAUACUUAUGCAAUUUAUUUUCAAAUUAUUAUAUAUAUAUCUUUUAUUCUUGAUAGUAUAUCUGUAAAUAGUUUGUAUUUUAAAUUCUUUAAUUUCAUUUUUAAUCUCUGCUCUUCUCUGUCAUAUAAAUGGCAAUAAAAAAAAAUUCUAAUUGCCGUUCAGGUAAGUUUUUACAGUUUCUCUUCAUAUAUAAAAACUAAAAUGGCUGCCGUAAAAGAAAUUUGGUUUUCCAUAAAGAUGUAAUAAAUUUUUACGAUCUCAUAUACUAAAACUUUUCUAGAAUGCUCAAGAUUAAAACUUAUUUACUGUCAUUACUAUCAGCAAUAUCGAAUUUGACCAAAAGAAUUACAACUCCUAUUUCGAAAUCAUAAUAAAUUUCACUAACCCAUUAUAAUAAGUUAUUAUAUUAUGUAAAUAUAUUGUUUUUAAUUGAAUGUAAAUAUUUGUAGGCCAAACAUUAUAGCGGCAUUUUAAUAAAAAAAAAAAAUAUUUAAAAAAUUUGUUAGAAUACAACAAGAAUUAAAAAUUUGAAAAAAAUUGACCGAUGUUGUGCCAUAUGAAGGAAAACAUAAAUUAUGUGUAAUGUAAGACAUAAAAUAGUUAUUGUAUAUAUAAAAAUAUUACGUUUCUUUAUAAGAAUGUAAUUAGUAACAUAAAUAUUAUCUUAAAAAGAUAAUGUUCUAUGUAAAUUUGGGAUAGACCAAUGUUGUAGAUAUGUUAUUAAAUUAUAACUUAUAAAAUAUAA